AUGUUUUAAGGAGAGGAUGUUGACUUCCUGGAAGAGAUGUAUAAAAUAAAGGAAAUCGGAAAGAUCGGAGAGGGAAGCUUCGGAAAAGUAUAUAAGGCAAUCGACUUAACCGAUAAUACAGAGUGUGCUGUCAAGGUUGUUUCUAAAACACUUUUCAAAGAUGCUCAAGUCGAGUCAGAUAUAUAUUAGUAGUUAAAUCAUCCUCAUAUUGUCUAAUGCAAAAGAAUAACAGAAAAUAAGAAUUAAUUUUUUUUAAUUAUGGAACUAAUGAAAGGAGGAACCUUAGCUUAGCGUAUGAAACAAGAACAUACCGACGAAGAGUUCGCCAUUAUAAUGAAAGGAAUUCUCAUGGCAGUUCACUAUUUGCACGAGAAGAGAAUCAUUCACAGAGACCUCAAACCAGAAAACAUCAUGUUUGCCUCCACUGACAUAAGGACUGUUAAGAUUGCUGAUUUUGGUUUAAGUUUCAAGUUUGCAUCCGAAGGCAUGUUCUAUAGUUUGCUCAAUAAAAAAUGUGGAACCAUCAUUUACAUGGCACCAGAGUAAUUUAAAGAGAAAUUUUAUAGUAAAUAAAUUGAUUCUUGGAGUUGUGGAGUUAUUAUGUACAUGCUCUUGAAUUCUGGUUAGCAUCCAUUUUAUAAUAAGAAUGAAACCAGAGAAUAAGUAAUCAAGAAAAUUAUGAAUCCUGUCUGGCAUUUCUCAGAUGGCAUGAAUCCGUUGGCAAAAGAUCUCAUUUAAAAGCUGACUACAAUUGAACCCAUUGAAAGGUAUAGUGUUGGAUAGGCAUUGAUUCAUCCCUGGAUUACUCGUAAUUUCCAGGAUAAAAUACCUUUAACCUAUAAUGAACAAAUCCAUUAGUUUAUCAAAGAUCAAUAAAUUAGAAAUCAAUUUAAGUUGCUCUUCUUUUUAUAGUAUCUAAUGAAGAAUUGUCCCAUUUAGUAACCCUAUCCUGAUGAUGAGAUAUUAUAAAAGUUGAGUGAUAAGAAAAAGCUAUAAUAACAGUAUUAAUCCUUGCCAAAUCCUCAAUCACAAAAGCAAAGGGUUUUGUCAAAUAAUCAAAAAAUCAAAAAUCUGAGAUCCACAAGUCCCAAAGAUCAGAAAUCAAGGUAAAAAUCCAAAUCAAAGCCAAAGACUUCUUUUGAGAAUUUGAAUACCCUUGAAGAUUAGAGAUAUACUAUAGCUUCCUUCAAAAAGUGUUUUUAACAAAAAGCCACUGUGAGACCAAAAACAAUCGAGGAAGCCUUAAAUGAGAAUUCAGCUAAAUCCAGAUAAUUUAUUAAACAAAAAUUAGAGUUGCCUCCAUUAAAAAAAAAAUGA